UGGGCUGCAACCUGCUCUUUCCCUGCCGGGCAGGGGCAGGGCCGCGCCGGAGCCUGUCGCUCAGGGCCGUGAAGGAAGGGACUUUGGAGGGGAGCAGGGCACCCGCACCUGGGCUGUUUCCGCGCCAGGCUUUGAAGGCAGGGAGCGGGAGCGGGUCCGGGCAGCCCUCUCCUCUGGGGCGGCUCCGCCCCGGCCCGGCCCGGCCCGGCUCCCGGUUCCCGCCGCCGCUCUGUGCCGCAGAGGCAGGGCCCGGGGCGGCCCCGGAAGCGGCGGGUGCCCGUGCCAGUGCCCGUGCCCCGGGGCUGGCGGCGGCAUGGAGGCGCUGCCCCGCGCGGAGAACCCCAACCCGCUGCAGGGCGCCAACCUCUGCUCGCGGCUCUUCUUCUGGUGGCUGAAUCCUUUAUUUAUUGCUGGUCAUAAACGGAAGCUUGAAGAAGAUGAUAUGUACAAAGUGCUGCCUGAAGAUUCGUCAGAAAGGCUUGGAGAGGAGUUGCAAUGGUACUGGGAAAAGGAGGUCCAAAAAGCAAAAAAAGCAGCAAGAACACCACAUUUAACCAAAGCAAUUAUUCUGUGUUAUUGGAAAUCCUAUCUAGUCUUUGGGCUCUUCACGUUAAUUGAGGAAACCCUCAAGAUAAUACAGCCAAUAUUUUUGGGAAAAAUUAUUAAUUAUUUUGAAAAUUUUGAUCCCCUUGACACUGUUGCUUUGAAUUUUGCCUAUGGCUAUACAGCUGCUUUGUCUGUGUGUACACUCAUUCUAGCUAUAAUGCACCACUUGUACUUUUAUCAUGUGCAACGGGCUGGCAUGAAGUUGAGAGUAGCUAUGUGCCAUAUGAUUUAUCAGAAGGCACUUCGUCUCAGUAACUCAGCUAUGGCAAAAACUACCACUGGCCAAAUAGUAAAUCUUCUGUCAAAUGAUGUGAACAAAUUUGACCAAGUAACAAUUUUCUUACACUUUUUAUGGGCGGGACCACUUCAAGCCAUAGCAGUAACCGUUCUUCUCUGGAUUGAAAUAGGGCCAUCGUGCCUUGCAGGAAUGGCUGUUCUGAUUAUUCUUCUUCCUUUGCAAACCUGUAUUGGGAGGUGGUUUUCUUCAUUCAGGAGCAGAACGGCAGCCUUUACAGAUGUCAGGAUAAGGACCAUGAAUGAAGUCAUAACUGGUAUAAAGAUAAUAAAGAUGUAUGCCUGGGAAAAAGCAUUUGCAGAUCUUGUGAACACUAUAAGAAGGAAGGAAAUUUCCACGGUUCUUAAAAGCUCCUACCUUCGAGGACUGAACUUGGCAUCUUUCUUUGUUGCAAGCAAAAUAACAGUUUUUAUGACUUUCAUGACAUACGUUCUACUUGGCAAUGUUAUCUCUGCAAGUCGGGUGUUUGUUGCAGUGUCACUGUAUGGUGCAGUAAGACUGACAGUAACUCUCUUCUUCCCUGCGGCUAUUGAGAGAGCAUCUGAAGCAGUGGUUAGCAUACGGCGAAUCAAGAACUUUCUGGUCCUUGAUGAGAUUUCAACUUUAAGGUCACAGCUGCAGAGUAACAAUGAGAGGAUUUUGCUUCACGUUCAAGACUUGACUUGUUAUUGGGAUAAGAGUGUGGGAGUCCCAACACUUGCACAGCUUUCAUUUACUGUCAGACCAGGAGAAUUAUUGGCUGUGAUUGGCCCUGUAGGAGCUGGGAAAUCUUCUCUACUAAGUGCUGUACUUGGUGAAGUGCCUAAAGAUGAAGGUUUAAUAAAUGUUAGAGGAAGAAUUGCCUAUGUUUCUCAGCAGCCCUGGGUUUUUUCUGGCACAGUGCGGAGUAACAUUCUAUUUGACAAAGAAUAUGUAAAAGAAAAAUAUGAGAAAGUUCUAAAAGUUUGUGCUCUCAAAAAAGAUAUGGAAUUAUUAGAAGAUGGGGACCUAACUAUUAUAGGGGAUCGUGGAGCUACACUAAGUGGGGGCCAGAAGUCCCGUGUAAAUCUUGCCAGAGCAGUGUAUCAAGAUGCAGAUAUCUACCUCCUGGAUGAUCCACUGAGUGCAGUAGAUGCAGAAGUUGGCAGGCACUUGUUUGAAAAGUGUAUUUGUCAAGCCUUGCACCAAAAGCUCCGUGUUUUAGUGACUCAUCAAUUGCAAUACCUCCAUGCUGUAAACCAGAUUCUAAUCCUAAAAGAUGGUAGAAUGGUGGGGAAAGGGACCUAUUCCGAGUUUCUGAAAUCUGGAAUCGACUUUGCUUCCCUUUUGAAAAUAAAUGGUGAAGAUGAGCAGUUGGCAGUCCCAGGGACCCCCAAAUUGAAGUCAUCAAGGAAUCGUGCUUUUUCACAGUCCUCAGUCUGGUCAGAGGAUUCCUCUGUGCAGUCGCAGAAAGAUGGAGCAAUAGAACAGUUGUGUACUGAACCUGUGCUGACUGCAGUGCCAGAAGAGAGCCGGUCAGAGGGAAAAAUAAACUUUAAAAUAUACAGGAAAUACUUUUCUGCUGGAGCAAACUAUUUUAUCAUUUUUAUACUACUGUUUUUAAAUGUGUUGGCACAGGUUGCUUAUGUGCUCCAGGAUUGGUGGCUUUCCUACUGGGCAAAUCAGCAAAAAAAUCUGAAUGUCACAACAAAUGGAAAUGGAGGAGUAAAUGAGACUAUGCAUCUAGAUCUAACCUUGUAUUUAGGCAUUUAUGCAGGUUUAACAGUGGUUACAAUACUGUUUGGCAUAAUAAGAAGUCUUUUGGUAUUUCAAGUUCUCAUUAAUGCUGGCCAGAUUUUGCACAACAAAAUGUUUCAGUCAAUUUUGAAAGCUCCAGUGUUGUUUUUCGACAGGAACCCUAUUGGGAGAAUCCUAAACCGUUUCUCCAAAGAUAUUGGCCAUCUGGAUGAUUUGCUUCCGUUAACAUUUUUGGACUUUAUGCAGACUCUCCUACAGAUUUUUGGUGUGGUGGGUGUAGCAGUAGCGGUGAUUCCUUGGAUACUCAUCCCUUUAGUUCCACUUUUUAUUCUUUUCAUUUUUCUCCGACGAUAUUUCUUAGCCACAUCGAGAGAUAUUAAACGCCUGGAAUCCACAACUCGAAGUCCAGUAUUUUCCCACCUGUCAUCCUCUCUCCAGGGACUUUGGACUAUUAGGGCUUUGAAGGCAGAGCAAAGGUUUCAAAAAUUAUUUGAUGCUCACCAAGAUCUUCACUCAGAGGCUUGGUUUCUAUUUUUGACAACCUCACGAUGGUUUGCUGUGCGUUUGGAUGCCAUCUGUGCCAUCUUUGUUAUAGUGGUUGCCUUCGGUUCCCUGCUUCUUGCAAAGACUCUGGAUGCAGGACAAGUUGGUUUGGCAUUGUCCUAUGCAAUCACUCUCAUGGGAAUGUUCCAGUGGGGUGUUAGACAAAGCGCUGAAGUUGAAAAUCUGAUGAUAUCAGUAGAAAGAGUAAUGGAAUACACAGAUCUUGAAAAAGAAGCUUCUUGGGAGUCCAGUAGGCGCCCACCACCUGAAUGGCCAGCUCAAGGGAUGAUUGCAUUUGAAAAUGUUAACUUCACUUACAGCUUAGAUGGACCUUUGGUGUUAAGGCACUUUUCUGCCUUAAUCAGAUCAAAAGAGAAGGUUGGAAUAGUGGGAAGAACAGGAGCUGGAAAGAGCUCUUUGAUAGCAGCCCUCUUUCGGCUGGCUGAACCUGAAGGAAGAAUUUGGAUUGAUAAGUACCUGACAACAGAACUGGGACUCCAUGACUUGCGGAAGAAAAUUUCAAUUAUACCUCAGGAGCCUGUUUUGUUCACGGGAACUAUGAGGAAGAACCUGGACCCUUUCAAUGAAUACACUGAUGCAGAGCUGUGGAAUGUCUUGGAAGAGGUGCAACUGAAGGAGGCUGUGGAAGAACUGCCUGAUAAAAUGGAGACACAAUUAGCAGAAUCUGGAUCUAAUUUCAGUGUUGGUCAGAGACAAUUGGUGUGCCUUGCCAGGGCAAUUCUCAAAAAAAAUCGAAUACUAAUUAUUGAUGAAGCAACAGCAAAUGUAGACCCAAGAACAGAUGGGUUGAUUCAAAAGACAAUUCGUGAAAAGUUUGCCCAGUGCACUGUGCUGACGAUUGCACACAGGUUGAACACAAUUAUUGACAGUGACAAGAUUAUGGUUUUGGAUGCAGGGAGACUGAAAGAAUACGAUGAGCCAUACAUUCUGUUACAAGAGAAAGAGAGCCUGUUUUACAAGAUGGUGCAACAAGUAGGCAAGGCAGAAGCUGCUGCUCUGAUUAAAACAGCGGAACGGGUCUACUUCAGCAAGAAUUACCCAGAAGUGAUUCAAAAUGGUCAAGUUGUUGCAGACUCUUCACCAGAUUCUUCCUCAGGAUUCAUCAUUUCUGAGACUGCACUGUGAUCCCAAUUAAACACAGUUAUUUUCUAUAUAUUUGCAAUCCUGAAACUAUAAAUCUGAAACAAGUAAACCCUAGGUGACUGGUGCUUAAAGGAGGGUGGUUUCUUGCACUGGACAUCUAUAACAUUUAUUAGUGAGAAAAUAUAUCAUGUCCUGGUUAUGUUAAUUUCAGUGCAAUAACUUUCUCUUUUUUAAAAUUUCUGUUUCUAAAGGAAUUACAGACACAGAUCCUCUUUGAAAGCUAAUCUAGAGACUUUUCUUAUUAAAAUAGGUGCAGGACACUUAAAACUAGGGUGCUUUCUGGAGGUUUUUAAGAACCUGGAGUUCCCUUAUAUCUUUUGGAAACAAGCAAAAACAUUGUUGAGUUUGCAUUAGAAUGUUAACUUUCCUACAGCAGUUUUGAUAAUCUAUAACUCAGUUGUCUAAGGCAGCAUUUUAUAUAUACAUAUAUAUUCUUACUUCAUAUUUUUACACAGCUGUGUGAAUAGGCAAAAACAAGAGCUGAAAAAGCCAAAAGUACAUUUAAUAGAGGAAAUAAAUAUCCAUGUAUUGGCAUGUUAAAUUAAUUUUUUAAUUAAAUGUAGCAAUGUGCAUACAUUGUCCAAAAAUUAAUGUAAAAAUUGCCAUUUUUCUUUCCUAAGAUCAAAAUGCAAAAGAAGCAACGUUAAUUUACUGGAUUAGAAAUGAAAAUGGUCACAUUUUACGUAUUUGCACUACACAAAUAUUUAAAUAAUGAACUUGCAUUCCACUUUAUCCAGGUAAUCAAAGAAAAAAGUAUUAAAAUAACUUGAAACAUUUGAAAGACUAGUCAUAAGCAAAUAUUUUGUAAUAGAAAGUUAUCUUCAGCGCAGCACAUUGAAAUGUAUACAUUAUUUGCAUUUAUUGUGCCUUAAUAUUUGUGCCUUCAAGCCAAAGCUCUAACUGCAGUUAAUGCAGCAAAUUGAUUCAAUAUACUUUUUAAUGUUUAAAAUUAGUAUAUUUAAUUGUCUUGUAUCAGGGAUUAUACCUGUUUAAUUGAAGCUCUUGAAAUUGUCAUUUUGGUGCACAUGCAUAGAAGGGUAAAAACAACUAGAAUUGUUGAAUGGCCCCUGCUAAUGUUUAAGAAGAAUUUAAUGAAACAGAGAUCUGUUAUGCCCUGAUUCAGCAAGUUAUUUUAACAUAUAGCACUAGUUGCACGACUAAUAAAAAUAAGUGAGUGAAUUAUAUUCUUUGCUUUUCAAAGAGAUGCCUACAAUUUGAUAUUCAAUGCAGUCUAAGCCUAUUUGUCUUAUAGUUAGAGCGCACCUAUGCACGAGCACAGAGGCUGCUCAAAUGAGCUUUAGUUCAAGUACCCCCACUGCCAUUUUAAAGUUUGGGGAUGUUGAUCUACAAGAUGUGGUGGCACUUGAAUUAGAGCGGCUCUUGGAGUGGUUCUAAUUAAAGCGCUGGCUCCCCCACCCCUAGAGCACUUAUAAAAGUGCUGUUAAAGGGCAUUUACAGCUAGUAAAGUGUAGAGAUGGAAAAACACAAAUCACACUGAAAAUAUUGUGGGGGAAAAAGGUGUUGCUUUUUAAAAUGCUGCAGAAAAUUAAUAUUGCACUGUGUUCUACAUGCUGUCUUCCUAUGGGUCCCUUUGCCAAGCAUCCCAAGGACACUGGCCUAAAGUAAAGCAAUCCAUUUCUGCUACAUUUGAUUCCAAUUUGUCCAUCCACCUAGUUGUGGUAUUAUGGUUUCUUGUAAUGUUUCGCAGUUAGCAACAAGUUCCAAAAAUGAAACUCCAUCCUUUUAAUGAAUAGCACCUCACUUCAUAGUAAUUAUCACUGAAGUCAGUGGGGCUACAUUUUAUAUGAUGCUAGUCCUAAUAUGAGGGUCGCAUGUUGUGGUCUGUAAGUUUGGCCAGAGUCUAGUCUUACCUAACCUCAUUGUGCAACCAUGUAAUUGUAUCACAAUCAUGUAAUUUCCAUGUAGUUACUUCUGGACUUACAACACAGCAAGUUUUAAAUGGCUGAGAGGUCACAUCUGCACAGCAAACUUACUGCUCUAAGCAGCGGUGUAUUCAAAUAUGAGCUGACUCCUGAACUGAGAAAGUGUAGCCCUGUUUCCACUAUGCUGUGAGCAGGCUCGUUAGCAUAGCAGUGUCAUGCAGCUGUGCUGUUUAGCUUUUCUUCAAUGCCAUGUGAAUAUAGCCACAAUGCUGCUGGUUCAAGCAGCAGCCCAUAUGGAGCGUGUUUGAAAGCUCUGCUGCUUGGCAUGGUAAGUUUGCUUUGCCUUGACAGUGCUCAUGAGACAAAGUUGCAAUUACACUGCUUCUGAUUCAGGAAGCAGCCCUUUCAGAGCAACACAGUGUGUUUUAAGGGUGCCACUGCCAGGUCUAUUAAGCUGGCAGUCUAGACGUGGCUGAAGAAAAGUGUUGUGCUUGCUCUGUGUAGUAUGUUGGGGAUUUUUGUAAACAAAAUAAGCAAGUGCAGACCGUUGGCCACAAUUUGCAUCACUUUCAAAGAGAAUUAUGUGUAUGGAUCAAGGAUAUAAGGUGGCGCUAGGUCACUUCAGCUAAAAUUACAUCUGUAGCAAUAACACUUGAGUAGAACCAAAAGUUUUUGUCUUCCUCAAGCUUUUUGGGUUGAAAGCUAGAGAAAUCCUAAUAUAUCAGGCAAUGAACUAGCAUAGUCUACUUAGCAGAAUUAACUUGAUACUGUAGCUUUUUGAAUGUACACAAAAAAUGUUAGGCAUCUUUGAGAGUGCUGAUUUUUCUGCUUAACAUGUUUUGACAGGACAAGGCUGACUAUAUAUAUCAAAUCUCAAUGUAACACAAACUGAAAAACAAUGUAACCUGUUAAAAAGCACAACUGGUACUAGUACUUUCAUAGUCUGGUAACCUCUUGCAAUGUGUUAAAUCUAUACUUUACUCUUUCUUUACAAAAGAUAAGCUACAUGAUCGUAAAUUGGAUUUUACCAAGAAAUCAUUAUUCAGUUUGUUUCUUAAUGUCUGCUGCAGUUGUAUUUAAAUGAUUAUUGAUGGUAACAGUGGUUGAUCCAUAUAUCUUCAGGCAAGCAAAAUAUUUGUUAUUGCACUGCACUAUUAACAGUCUAUUUAAACUUGGUAGUUAUUUAAGAUGUAGGAUGGACUUCGUCUUUCAUUCAGUGAGCCUCUUGAUUGCUUAAUGUAUGAAAUCUAUCCCCAGACCAGCCUUUUUCAUUUCCUCUUCAGGUAGAAUUCAAACACACUACAGUAUCCACAUUUGAAAAUGCAUUUAAUUUAUUUGCAACAACAAAACUGCACAAAAUGUACAUGCCUAAACAGGGAUUUCACGGGAAUGAACUCAGUCAUGUAAGUUAGUAAAGCCUUUAGCAUAUUUCUUCACCAACAGCUCCCUUAAAAUUCACUAGAGUUGUCAUUCUAAUAUAAUACUGGAAGUAACUCGUCUUUUUUAAGAGAAGACACAUCAAAACAAGGUCAGAUUUUUGUAUUAUACUAUAAUAAUAUGCUGAAAAUCACCACUAUAUAACCCUUUUUUGUCGUUGUUGUUGGGUGUAAGAGACUAGGAAGUGCCCCCAUUUAUGCUUUAAAAAAUUGUACUUCAGAUGAAAUACCUGUACAAUUUUGUUAUAACUUAGAUCUUUGUGUAAAAGAGAGAAAAAUUCUAUACAAACACAGUCUUCUUUAAAACAGUGUUUUUCUCUGGCCCAGUAAGUCUAUAAGCAAAGUUCUGUCAAAUCCAUUCAUUCUGAAGAUACCAGGUCACUCUUCAGAUGUAGGCUGAAGUACUGACACUAAUAUUGUUCCCCAUGCUUAGAAGAGACAGCUGCUUGAUUUGGUCUAAAUCAGGUAUUCUGGUUAUCUGAGUGAUGUUGACUGGUUCUAACAACUUUCCCAGUCUGUGCUUAAAACGGUAGUAAUAUUAUGCUUGUGGGUAAACAUAGGCUGGAAAUAGAGGAGCCAAGAAAGGUACAAACCUCCCUGCCAGUCUUGCUUUUCACAUCACCCUGUCUCUCCCCAACAAAAAUCUGACCUUAUGAUGUCUGUUUUGAUGUCUCUUCUCUUACAAAAGACCAGUUACUUCCUGUAAUAAUGAUGAUGCACUUCUGACAUCAUAGCAGAAGAAUGGAUUUUUACAUACACUUUAGUAUCUGUAAUGUAACACUUUUUGACCAUUUAACUCUGUUUUCUGUGGUGAACAUUUUUGUGUAAUGACUUCCUUACAAUGUUGUCAUGGAAGGUUUUUUAUUUGGCUAUUUACAAUGAAGCUCUUAUGCAAUAAAAUAUGAUUAUAAAAUCCUCAAAA